GAGCGGCCACACCUCUCUGCUGGGCUUCUCCCAACCAGCCAAGUGCCUGCCCUUUAUAUGCUCAGAUGUUUCGUCAAGCGGCACAGCGUUUUUGCUGUGAGUGGCAUUCUUUUCUAGCAGUUGCUUUCCCUCGGUUGGGAUCCAAUGUCUCAGUGCAAAGGUGUGGUGGUCCUUGCCUACAGCGGAGGGCUGGACACCUCGUGUAUCCUGGUGUGGCUGAAGGAGCAAGGCUAUGAGGUCAUCGCUUACCUGGCCAACAUUGGACAGGACGAGAACUUUGAAAAAGCAAGAGAGAAAGCUCUGUCCCUGGGAGCCAAAAAGGUGUAUAUUGAAGAUAUAAGCAGUGAGUUUGUGGAAGAAUUUAUCUGGCCAGCCGUCCAAGCCAAUGCGAUCUAUGAGGACCGAUACCUUCUGGGCACCUCCUUGGCCAGGCCUUGCAUUGCCCGCAAGCAGAUAGAAAUUGCCAAGAAAGAAGGGGCUCAAUAUGUCUCGCAUGGAGCCACAGGCAAGGGCAAUGACCAGAUUCGGUUUGAACUCACCUAUUAUGCCCUUUGCCCUCAGAUCAAGAUCCUUGCUCCUUGGAGGAUGCCAGAAUUCUACAGCCGUUUCCGGGGGCGGAGUGACCUGAUGGGAUACGCCAAGAGCCAUGGCAUCCCCAUCCCAGUGACACCCACCAAUCCCUGGAGCAUGGAUGAAAACCUCAUGCAUAUCAGCUACGAGGCUGGGAUUUUGGAGAACCCCAAGAACCAGGCACCUCCUGGCCUCUAUACAAAGACCGUCGAUCCUGCUGCUGCUCCAGACACUCCCGACAUAUUAGAGAUUGUAUUCAAAAAGGGUGUCCCCAUCGAGGUCACCAAUGCGAAGGAAGCGGCCGUUCGCCAGUCGCCCCUCCAGCUCUUUAUUUACCUGAAUGAGAUCGCUGGCAAACAUGGCGUUGGACGCAUUGACAUCGUUGAAAAUCGGUUUAUUGGGAUGAAGUCUAGAGGUAUCUACGAGACCCCAGCGGGGACGAUCCUCCACCAUGCUCAUUUAGACAUUGAGGCCUUCACUAUGGACCGGGAGGUGCGUAAAGUCAAGCAAGGACUCGCCAUGAAAUUUGCCGAACUGGUGUACAACGGGUUCUGGUACAGCCCAGAGUGUGAAUACAUCCGCCACUGCAUUGCCCAGUCCCAGGACCUAGUGGAGGGGAAGGUCCAGGUCUCUGUCUUUAAGGGCAACGUCUACAUUUUGGGCAGGGAGUCGAGCCAGUCCCUCUACAACAAAGAACUGGUGAGCAUGGAUGUCCAAGGAGAUUACGAGCCAUCGGAUGCCACCGGAUUCAUCAACAUCAACUCCCUCCGGCUGAAGGAAUAUCAUCGGCUCCAGAGCAAGGUCAGCUUGGCACAGAAUUAACCACAAUCAAGGGCGCUCCCCUCGCCCUCCCACCCAUUUCCCCGUGCGCCGCUAUUAAUUGUGAUCGUAAUUGGUAACUGCGAUUCAUCGUGCCGGGCCCAGCGACUGCGCACGGUUUUGUUAUGCUCUUCAAUGAUACAUGGAAUGGGAUCAAUAAAAGGAGCUCAGUGGAGAAGAGAGGCACGCGCUUGUGGGCGAGGACGUUAUUAAAAUAUCCGGGCUAUUAUUUCUCUCUCUAAUGAGUGGGAAUUCUUUCUUUUGCUUCUGCUUCUCGCACUUAGCUGGACCAGCUGUUUGCCAAGCUGGACAUUGUGUUUCCUCAGAAGAUUAAGUGCUUCUGAAGGACACACAAUUUUUGUUGGAGGUGGUGCCUUUUUAUUGGGGCGGGGGGCAGAAGAAAAGGGAGUACUGGAUGCUACCCAACCUCCUCUUUACCAUUGAAACACUAAAGGGAGAAUGGAGGGACGUUGGUUAAAUUAAACUAUUUCCUUUCAA